UUUCUCGCUACCUGCUCUGUUUGUUUUGCUUAGUUCGAAGAUAACGAAGCAGAAAGAAGGGAGAAAUGGAAGAAAAGCUAUCGUCGGUGGCGAAAACUCUGACACCCUCUCCAAUACAGCAACUAUCUUUUCUUGCUCAAAGAUGUGACGCCAUUAACCUCGCCGAAGGGUUUCCAGAUUUUCCUGCGCCUCUGCAAAUAAAAAAUGCGGCUGUUUCGGCCAUCAAUUCCGAUUUCAAUCAGUACAGGCAUGUGCAAGGGAUAUGUGAUCACGUUGCCUGUAAAAUGAAGGAAAUACAAGAACUGAAUGUUGACCCCCUCACAGAUAUAGUUAUUUGCUGUGGGCAGUCUGAGGCAUUUGCGGCUACCAUGUUUGCAAGUAAAAUGUCUCAAGGGUCGCACAUUCUCGUAGUUAAUCAAUUUAAAGAUUUCUUUGCUUUUAAGGGUGUGUUUAUAAUGCAUGCUUGUCUUUGUUUCAUUUCCUCAGUAGUUGAGCAGGGGGAUGAGGUGAUAAUAUUUGAUCCAUCAUAUGAAACAUAUGAAACGUGUAUUAGGCUGGCUGGAGGAAUCCCCGUAUAUGUAGCUCUCGAUCCACCUAAUUGGACGUUGGAUCUUGAUAAACUAAAGAAGUCUUUUACUUCAAAGACAAAAGCUGUAGUUUUGAAUAGUCCUCACAACCCAACUGGAAAAGUUUUCUCCAAGGAUGAGCUAGAGAUCAUUGCUGGAGCUUGCCAGACCUGGAAUAUCUUAGCUGUAACAGAUGAAGUGUAUGAGCAUAUUACUUUUGACAAGGAACGUCACAUAUCACUUGCGUCACUACCGGAAAUGCAGAAGAGGACCAUUGUGACAUCUUCCUUGUCAAAAACUUUUAGUGUAACUGGAUGGAGAAUUGGAUGGGCAAUUGCCCCAGCUUGGAUUGCUUCUGCUAUUAGAAACAUUCAUAUUAAAAUUACAGAUUCUGCUCCUGCACCUUUCCAGGAAGCUGCUUUGACUGCUUUGAUGAGUCCGCAUGCAUACUUUGAUUCAUUGAGAAGAGACUAUGAAUUGAAAAGAGAUUUCGUAGUUGACAUGCUUGAAAAGGUUGGCUUCAAGAUGCAAUUUAAGCCCAAGGGUUCCUUUUUUGUAUUUGCACCUCUUCCCGGGAGCUGCACUCUUUCUGAUGUUGAAUUCGUGGAGGAACUAAUUAAACAAGCAGGGGUGGUGGCAGUACCAGGGUGCGGUUUUUUCCAUACCAGUUUAUCUGCGGAGGAUUCUUCUCAGGCUGCACUUGGCUACCAGAGAAGAUAUAUCAGAUUUGCAUUCUGCAAAAGCGAGGAUACAUUGGCUGCUGCUUCAAAGAAGAUUAGUGGGCUUGUCAAUGGUACAGGAAAUUUCAAGCUACUUUAAGUUGCUUGGUUUUAUAUGAUGGAGCUGCUGCAAGGAUCUUAGAACUUGAAAACAUAGUCAAGUUACAUUUUAAUUGACUUAAUCUAGAUGGUAAAGGUAUGAAAUAGUUUGUGAGAGACUGAGAAAUGUGUGUAAUCUUGGGAGCAUUUGAGCAUGGAUCUUUGAAUUUCUGAUGACUGAAUCCUAGACUUUGAGAUCCUUCAUUAUCAUGAGCAAUCUGAGAGGUUUUACCAUGACUUUGCUCAUGUCAAAUAUGAAUGAAAGAUUGCUGAAGUUUUCUUGCGAUUCAGCCAGCUAACAAUUUCUUGUUUACGUGAAUCAUUCUUGUCAUAGAGAACAUUCAAUAAAAAAACAUUGGAAUUCUGCA